ACAACAAGAAACAAGAGAAACAAAAAUAUAACAGACUAAUUGACAAUUAAAAACAAUUUCCAGUUGUGACCACCAUUCAGUUAUUAGUUUGCUUCCUAUCAUCAACAUGUCUUUGAUCAAAAAUGGACACGAGCCUCUUUUAUUCGGUCGAGUUGUCAAAGCUGCUUCUCUUUUCUCUCAGAUACCUGUUGGCGACAGCAGGAGAUGACCGCUAUGUGAAGACUUGGGACCUGAGGAGGCUUUAUGAUCCCAUCAAUGUUCUGAAACGCUGUCUGACCACUGAUGUCCACUGGCCAUUGAAUGCACCUGGCAUCCUGUUGGCCCAGGAGAACGCAUUUGCGGCGAAUGGUUCACAUGGAGUCCAUUACUUUGACCAUUUCAUGCGCUCCAACUUCCCAGUUCCUAGGACAGGCACAGUGUGGUCCAUGUCUUAUACUGAUUGGUUGAACUGUGUGGUGACGUCAGACAGCCUCGGUGAUGUGAUCCUUGCCAUCUUACCUCACAUAAGUUCCACUCCCCAACACGUCAAACGCACGAUAGAAAGACGCUUUCCCAUCUACUUAACAUCCCUGGUGCCUCAUGAUGCAGCUAAAGAAAAAAAUCAAGAGAUGGGAGGAGUGGAGGAGGAGGGAGACGCUGUUGAAGAGCAAGGAGGAGACUCAGAAGGACCGGAUGCUGGAUCUGAAGGAGGAAAUGAGAACGAUAAAGAAAACAGAGGAGAUGGAGGAAGACAUGGAAAGGAUAAAUGUCCCCCUCUGCGGUUCCAGAAGUACAAAGACGCUGCAAAGAAAUACUACCUCCACCAUACAGACGGCAAUAUGCUGACCUUUAUAGCAAGCGAGAAGCAACCUCUGUGGAAACGCAUGAAAGAAACAGAGUUGAAGGCAAAGAUUAACAUGGAUGAGAUGCCAUUGGCUGCAUUACACAAGGUGUGUUUCAAUCCGAACAUGUGCUGCCAUACGUGGGUGGCGUCGGCGGGCCAGACGGGGCUGGUCAGACUGAACUGUGUGAGGGGUUUGAUCACCUCCGAGGCCAAGCAGAUGAUAAGCGAGAACCAGGCCCAGUUCAACGCACUGUACUCUCAGAAAGACUCACAGAAGGAGGCCGUCCAAACUGUAACAGACGAGCUAUAGCAGCAUCAGUUGAACUUCACCACAGGUGGAUGACACUGUGCAAAAAAAACACACCUGCAAAAAACUAUUUUUUAGAAUGAUGAAGACGAUAUUAAUAUUUAAUUUGCACAUAACUGUAUACAUUUGCUGGGUUUAAUCCUGUUUCAAGAAUCCAAAGACCAGCAAAUAAAUGAUCAACCAAUUCAACUUUAUAUUUAAGUAGGAAAAACUAAAUGAUUUGCAGGUUUUGUGGCAUUUCUUCAACAUCAAACUGCUUUACUUCCCACGAAAUGUCUCAUUGACAUAAUUUCUCCAUCUUUUUCCACUGUUCACCAAACUUUGAAAAGUGUCAAUGGUCACAGUUUAUAUGCCUCCAAGAAGUUUAAGCAGCUGGCGAUUAAGUGUCUUGCUUUGCAGUUUCCACCUAAUAGUUAUUGAUUUCAAGUAGGGGUUUCGGUUGCUUCAGUAUCUAUCUUGGCAAACAAAUUGCAAAUAUGGCAGUGAAUCCAUUGUUGACAGUAGUCCAAGGUAUUAGAAAAGGAGAUUAUCAGCUACAUUCGCUGUUAGAAAAUCAGCCACACUCAGGAAAAAAAAUUGAAAUUGAUAACAAGUUUAAAAAAAAGUUUUUGCUGACUUAGUUAAUUAGUAAAGAGUGAUGUGAAGGUGUACUUUAUGGCUCACUGUUUGGUGUUGUUACAGGUGCAACAGACUUGGGAAUCAGAAUAGUGUUAGUUAUUCUAAAAAAAUGAACACAUUCAAAAUAACAAAACAUACAUCCUGUUCUGUCAAUUUAAUGUAAACAUCACUCAUUAAAUGUCUCUAGUUGGUGCGUAAAGUCAAACAAAAGUGUUUCUGGUUACAAAAUGGAAGCUGUGAGAAAUUGGACUAAAGGAUUUCUUUCUUGUACAUUAUUUUGGCAAACCUUUUGUAAUCAGCAACACAUUCCACUGCAGUUUAUGUGAAUGUCUGUCUUCAGAUGUGUUGGCGUUGCUAACCAGAGGGUGCAGCACCAAGAAAAGCAGCAUCGCUCUCUAACUCGUUUGGCUGGUCAGAGGAUCGGAAACAUUGGGGGUCACAUUUGCAGCACACCGUGUGCUAGUGUUGGUUUCUUGACAACAUGCUAUUUAAUUUAUUUUACAGUACCUUACAGAUACGCCCCCAAAAUCUACUCCCACCUCACUGUUGAUAUUCUCAAACUGUGAAAUGUGCUGAGUUUCAAAACCUCAACGGCAAGCUGGGGGGAAAUUGGGAGCAUAUCUUUAAGUUAAUUUUUGCUGCUGUAUUUUUGUAAUCAAACAUUUUUUUCUCUUUUACGAUGUCAAGAACAUCUCAGGCUUUAACUGGGAGGAAAUACUUGAAAUUUUUUUAUUGUAUGUAAUGCUGGAUGUAAUGUUUGUAUAUGACACAUUCUAGGUAUUUUUUAAAUGUUAAUUUCUUCACCUGUUAACUUAAACCUGCUGUUGUUAUUCUGAUGAUUCAAACAUUUUGAUUCCUUUUUUUAUAACCGUUGCGGUGAUAUUACCUCCAGUUAUUUUUCAGUGUCUACAAAACAAAUUGGAUAAUGUUAUUAUUUACAGGCGCAGCUGUCUUUUUUUUAGAGGCUGUCUAACACAUGUUUUCCUCCUAAGUUAAAUUAGGGGUUUGAAAAUGUGCUCAUCAGUUUUGUUUUUUCCAAUUAUUUACAACUCUUAUCAACAGUUUAAAAAUGAUGUUUAAUAAACACCACGAUAAUAUUGUCAGUCACAUAAAACCAAUACUCACAAAAUUAUCGUUAACUUGUAAAUCAUAAGUUAUUGAACUUUAUUUGAACUUGCUCUUCUAUUCUGCUCUGUUGCUAUUUUUGAAAUGUUACAUGUAAUAAAUGUUUCUGGGUAAAUUAAAUAAAGUUGACAUUGAACAUUCACUCUUGACCUUGGAAAUAGUUGGCAAAACAACUUUAUCACGCCAUAGAUCCUUAAGUAGUUGUUCUGGAGCUUUUGAUCGUAUAACAUGAUCACUUGUUGUAAUAUUAGAUUUUAAAAUGUUGUAAUUGUCGAUAAUAAUAUUAAUAGUAUAAAGAGUACCGACCUGACCCACUCUACAGCCCUGAGAUGACUUCUGUUAUGAUUUGGUGUUAUAUUGAGAUUGAUUAUAUUUAUUUAUUUCAAACAUGUUAAAAACAAAUAACAAACAAUUUAAAAUAAGCAUACAUUCAAAAUAACACAAAAACCAAAACAAUAAUAUUUAGCAAACAAACUUUUAUUAAUUUAUGAUUGCCAAUAAAAGAAAACUUCUAUUUACAUGUUUGAAAAGGGAUAGGAAGAAGUAAAACAUAUAUACUCCUAACCCUUUUAUGUAAAUAUAAAUGUAUAUAUGCAGACUGAGAUCCUCUGGUACGGUGCUGCUAACUAUUCCGAGGUCUGGGCUAAAAGCCAAAAGGAGAAAGGGCCUUAGUUGUCAGGUCCGCUACAUUCUGAAACAAUCUUCCAGACGACAUCAGCCUUCUGGGGAGGCUGUUUUCAGGGGGUAGGGCGUUCGUCCACUUAUCAGAACGUCGGUGGUUCGAUCCCUGACUCCCCCACUCUGCAUGUUGAAGUAUUCUUGGGCAAGAUACUGAACCCCAAAUUGUUCCCAAUGGCUGUUCCGUUGGUGUGUGAAUGUUCUUUCCGUUCAGUGAAUGAAUGGGUGAAUGUGACGUAGUGUAAAAGCCUUUUGAGAGGUCGGAAGACUAGAAAGGCACUAUAUGCUAUAUAUAAGUACAAACAAUUUACCAUUUGCAGAGUCUGUUCCUGCUUUCAUCUCACUUCUUAAGACUCAUUUAUACAAAAUAACUUUCAAUGUGUAGUGUGUAAUUUAUUUAUAUUGUUUUAUUUAUAUGUUUUAUCCGUUGCACACCACUUUGUGUGAUACUGUGUGUGUCUGUUUUACAUUGAUUGCUGUAAAGCACUUUGUUACCUGUGAAUUGAAAAGUGGUAUACAAAUAAAACUAUUAUUCUUCUUA